CUCCCGUAAGAUUGAACUCUCAGACCUUCUUAGUGAGUUAUCCGUGUACUACUGAGCCCAUUCUGAUGUGCGUUCUCGUGUGCGCAGGGUGUUCUUGUGUGCCGUUUUGAUAUAAGCUAGUGUGUGCGCAGGGUGUUCUUGAGUGUGCGCAGUGUUCUUGUGUGUCGUGUUAAUAUAAGCUAGUGUGUGCGCAGGAUGUUUUGUUAUGCACGGGUAUUUCGUGUUCACAGGGUAUUCUCAUGGCGUUCUCGUCUCUGUCUCGUGAAGCUUAUUUUCAGAUAAGACGAAGAUGUGCUGUUUACUUUCUUAUAAUAAGCUCUGCUUCCUUCCUCUGACCGUGUCCACACAUGACUCACCGUCCAAGUCUCGCCCUUGGCUCGCUGCGUGACAGAACCUUGCCCCGCAUAUUGAAGCUCUGUCAUGAAAUCAUCCACGCAUAAAUACAAUCAGGUCACGGAAAUCCGAGUUGAAACAUAAAAAAAGAUGGGUCCAUAUGGGUUACGCGGCGAUGAGGAAACCGUUAGCGACACUUCUCCAAAGAAAGUUGUAAAUCUUGCGUUGCCCGGAAUAGAACGCUUCCUCAAAGACGUCCUAUCAGACGAACAACUCUCUGAUAAUGGUGAAAACUUGAGAUUACACUACGUUAGCUUGCUAGAAAAUUCAGAAACUGGUAACGACCCCCAGGAAAAUGAAGAGUUCCUUGAUAUUAAAGUAUCGGACGAGUCUUUGGAAACACCGCAAUUUCAAGUGACCCGGUUUGAUUUUGACUCAAACUCCGAAGUUGAGAAAAAUAAAGAAUCCUCCAAGAGAAGCCUCCGGGAGAAGGCCGCGAAGAGGCCCAGACCUCGGCGCAAAGGUACAGACAGUACCGAGGAAAGUGGCGUAUAUCUCAGCACUCAAACCUCCCAAUCAGAGGACGUCUUAGCACUUCAGGUCGACACUCGAGAUAACUCAUCACGCGACACUUAUGUUACAGACUCCGAGAGCGAGUUCAUCGAAUGGGAGAACGACAUAAACAUCGGCGAAGACGGUUAUAGUACGGGGGAUAAUAUCGAGAACUACUUGGAGAACAUUCACUUGCAACUGAAUGAGAAUGGGGAGCUUUACAUGGGUGUGUUGUAUGUUAGAGAGCAACCAGGCUGGCACAAGCGCUGGAUGACUAUCACCGAUCGUUGCCUUAAGUGCUUCAAAUACAGAACUGACGAGAAGAUGUUAUUCGAGAUACCGCUACAAAACGCUAAGAUAAUCCCUACAGACCGCAAGCGCAGUAGAAUGUUUCCCAUAACACUCUCGAUACCGAGACUUAAGGACGCCAUAACGGUUGCCACUACGGAGGAGCAAUCGCGUCAGGAAUGGAUUUAUGUUAUAAACCACGUUAUUAGAAACCUCAAUGAUGGAGAUCUCUCCUUAGAGUGCCUGGAAGCACAGCGAAAAAUCUCCUUCAGUACGUUAGUACGGUCUAGCGGUGAUCAUUCGGAAACUACAUCGAAGCAAAAUAAAUCUUCGGACGUUAAAUUAUGUGACGAUAUGAAUGCCGUCCGGUUGGACGCACCGUCCGACGUGCACAAGCGCCGGACGUGGCAUGGGGUAAAUGAGAUGGGCGAGACUUAUCCACCGCUAAGGGUGAGAGUGACAGGUGACGAGUCACCGGAAAUGGACUCUUCGUUGUCGCCAGGCUUGGCGGAAGAGGAAUCGUUUAAGGAACUGCAAGAGUGUCUCCCGGACAUUCUUCAGCGGCCAAACACCUCAUCCGCAAACAGACGACAAAGCGCGGGAACUAAGAGCAAAAGCCUUUCGUUCAAUAAUGAGCUUGAUCUCCGAAUGCGAUCGACCUCGGACCUGUCCGCUCAUCCGCGCAUCAAAAGACAUGGCUCCCUGGCGAACUCGCUCUCCUCCAAGGCUGCCAAGGUUAAGUCCAAGAUUUCGAGCUCUUUCUUCAAGAAGGGCAAAAAAGACGACAGAGCGCAGCGUGAGGCCGGUGGCAGCACCACCACAUUUUCUGGGUACCUGUCCAGGAAAAAAGGGCAUUCCUGGAAAAACAGAUGGUGUGUAGUGAAGGAUCACAGUUUGCAGUGCUACAAGGAUUUUGGUGUCGGCCUGGCAGAACUCGAGCUGACGUUAGCAGGGUGCAAGGUGACAAUGGUCCCUGAGGGGGAGGGGGAGAGGCCAUUUGUGUUUAUACUCACUGCCGAUAAAGAGGAUCUGCAGUUUGCCGCUGAAAAUGACGCCGAGCUUGAGGAGUGGAUUAUGGUGCUCGAUAGCGAGGCUAAGUGGAUCGAGGAGCAGACGCAAGCAGCUCUUCAGCAAGAAGACGACUCUCAUCUUACUAGACUCUCUUCUCAAGACACUCCGGAAGAAACUCGCAAAAACGAGGGCACAGAGACACACCCCAAGCGAUCUGGCGAGUCCUCUCCUCGAAAAGACUCCAAACACCACGGUCUCCCCAAGCGCAAUUCCAUGCUUGGCGCACUUGCGCACAAGUUCGGUAAAGGGAAGACUAAACAUUCGUCCGAUGCCAAGGCAUUACAUGAUGCACAUCACGGUGUUGAAGACGGAGUUGUGGCCGUGGCCAGGGCUCAAGGCGAUGCUGCAGAAGACGAGGAAGACAUGUUGAGCGAAGGGCCAAUAAUGGAGGGUACCCUCUAUCGUCAAGUGGAACAAAAUUGGCUUUCUUGCUCGGUACGGCUCAGUCGUCACGCGCUGUACAUGAGAGAUGAAUCAGCAACAGUGUUCAAGUGUAGCCUCGCCAACUGCAUUGUACUGGACUGUUCUGACACCGAACCCUUAAUGAUGGUUGUUAGGAGAAGUGCUGGUGAACCCGUCUAUCUCAAAGCCAACACGGAGACAGAUUUCAUGGAAUGGAAAGAAACAAUAUCAGCAGCAGUUCUGACGCCGCCAUCAACGACCAAGCGCCCGCUGACUGAAGAAAACUCCUUCGAUGAAGAUCCUCAAUCAAAGGUUUCUUGGCGCGCCCAGAUAGGUGGCGACUCUUUUGACAGUGUGUUCAGUAGAGAAGCGGACAGGUCGAGUAACGCCGCGAGUCUGCCAUCGACCCCAGUGUCGCCGAUAGUCAUGGACUCCUGCCCUUCGCCACGGCCGUCGACCGCAGGUGAUGUUGAAAGCGUAGAGAGCGAAGAUGAUUUCAAGCCGAAGGCUACAUUCCCAAUUCACCGAUCACGGUCCGCUGGUGGCAUUGACAGGCUUCGCCCCCAAUCCGCGAUUCACUCGGGCCGAGAUCGCAGGAGAGGCAGUCCACUACGCCGCACGAUCUCCAACGCGCUGGCGGCGCUUGACCUCUCACCCAAGAAGCGCCGCAGUAAGACUUUCGCAGGUCUCGGAAUUGCCGCCUCACUUUUAUUCGGGAUCAAGCACACUUCAUGUCUGCACUUCCGUAACAGCACGGGCAUGUGGAAGAAGCGCUGGGGAGUACUACAACAAGGGAAAUUGCACUUCUUUGACAAUGUGGACGACGUGUCACCGACUCUUACCAUCCCGCUGAAAGAGUGUAAGGUUGCGCGCGUGCAGUUGAUAGGGAAGCCGUUCGCGUUUGAGUUAAAGAUCCCUUCGGAGAAUAUGGAAUGCUGCUUAGCCACCGACAACGACCUAGACGUGACUAAGUGGAUAGAGCUGCUGCAACUGGAGUCUUGCGGAUAUGACUCCACGGAGCAGAGCGGGCUUGAUCUUCUUAACGGCAUUGUACCUCAACUCAAACAACAAAGCUACCGCAAUGAGUCUAAACCAGACGUUGCACUUAGUAGCAAGCUGGCCGACACUAAGAACAACAACAACGUGAGGUCGGCAUCCCUUCUAGAGCUGCGUAGAAUCCGAGAAGCGAUGUCCCCCGACCAGGGCAAUUUGACGAAGCGAACCGGUCACGAAAGCUCUCCUAAUCUAAAUCAACAAAAAGCAACCUCCUUAGAGGAAGUAUUGAACUUGUUACAGGAGCAGCAAAUGCUUCAGAGCCUUGGGCAGACGCGCUACGUUAAGGUAAAGAAAGCGAGAACAAACUGGAAAAAGUCUGCUGCGGCCAUUCUCAAGGAACAAGGGUCUCAUCCGAAUUCAGAUACCUCUGAUAGGAAAAAAGAGUCUAGUGUCGAGGAGGAGAGGCUGAGUGAAGCGGGAAGUGAUUCACAUGCGAAGAAGAGAGCAACCUCGAUAGUGUCUUUAUCGUCUGAUAUCUCUGAGGAAAGGUUUACUGGUAAAGAUGCACUGGACAGAUACGAGAGAUUAGCAGAAGAAGAAAAGGUGAAAGCUCUCAAGGCGGAAACUCUCUUGCGUAAACGACGUAAUUCAUUAAACUUAGAAAAAGAAGUUCUCGAAAAAAAGAUCGAAAAGAUCAACGAGAAGAAAGGCACCGUAAAGAAGUUACUUGGCAAAGAGCAAGUCGUCGCCGACAAAGAUGAAAUUAUUCGCACGCAAAAGAGACUUAAAGAGGUGACAGUUAAACUUGCCGACGUUGAACACGAUAUUAAACAGAGUAAAACUAAAGAGGCUGAAAUCAUGGGCAGUAUAAAUGAACUAAAAACAAAAUCUGCAAGAGAUUUCCCUGUCAAGCGCGAAUCAGUGUGUCACCGCGCAACACCGGAAGAGCGUCGCGCAAUGUUCAAACACUCACCACAGGGUUCCAUAUCAUCUCACGAGUCUUUUGACGACAGCACUGACCAUCUCAAAUCCUCUACGGCCUCCUUAGACACGGGUCUAAAGCGUAAAGGGUCGAAGAAGCAAGCGUCUCUCGUAGCACUGGAGGAAGAACUGAAAAAGAUUUCUCCCAUGGGAGGACGCAAAGUCCCGGGAAGGAAGAGAAUUUCUUUUUCGUCGGAAGGCUCUGUCGAUGAUGCGUCUCCGCCAAGUGCGAGGCGGGGUCUUGAUAAGAGAGACUCGAGUUCGUCUGAUGGAUCGCUUCAAGGGUACGAGAGAUUUAACUCAUUUUCGUCCGAGGCGGCUGAAGGCAGGAGGAGAAAGCUGACGUCGCCGUCGCCAAAGAAAACCGAAGUGUUUAAUGUUGCUGUUGAUAUCCCGUGUCGGAGGACAUCGUCAAGCAGUCUUGCGGAUGGGUCUUCGUAUAAGGGAUCGGACCACCGGCCAAGCCUUAUCACCGCCUUAUCUCAAAUCAAGGACUUUGAAGACUUUCUUGCAAGCACAAAACAGUGAAGUUUUUCUGGGUGAUUAUACGUCAAGAAAGACACAAAAUGGAAGUAUUGCAUUCGCGCGCACUUCCUUGGUACAUUAAUUUUGGAAGUUCAUAUUCAGUCAGCAAGCUCAUUAGUAUGCUAUGAUAUGAUGUGCAAGUGCAAGUUUGGAUUUAUAAACUAGAUCGAUCUUGGGUAUGUCAACAAGAUCGAUAGACCUUGGAUAUGUAAAGUAGAUAGGACUUGGACAUGCAAAGUAGAUCGAUCAGGCUUUGACAUGUAUAGUAGAUCGAUGGAUAAAGCUACAAUCAGCGAUGCAACAAAACUGUUCAAAAUUUUUACGGCUCAAAUACAGCUUCAGAUGGAAAUCUAAAUUACGUAGCAUAGUGACUUUGAUAUCCUCCCCUCCCCCUCCCAUUCCCCCCCCCCCCUCCCCCAAAUCAAUGUUGGAUUCUUUUACUGACAACCCUACACAGCAACUUUGAGUCGGGGGGAGGGGGAUGUGAGAUAUUAAAAGUUCCCAAAUUGUAAAUUGUUCGAGUAAGACUACUUUUUAGAUGUCAUUUUCAACAUGUUUUGUCGCUGAUUGUAGGUAGGACAGGCGCGGAUUCAGACGUAUUCGCAAAAUGUAAGUCUUUAUUCUGUUGAUUGAGGUCAGAUUUUUUCCUGGAUUCGCGCCUGUUGGAUAUGUAAAGUAGAUUUCCCUGUUUGUAUGCAUGCUGUGAACGGUCUUGUCUAAGGCCCACGCCUUAGGGGCCCAUUUAUAAUGGUGUACAUGUACCCUGUACAUAUAGAGGACACUUUUGUACAUUCUCGUUUGAUCAUUCAUUCUUUCGUUUUCAUGAACAGAAGUCUUGAGUCACAAAAAAAAAAAAAACAUUCAUUUUUAUUGGGUAUUACAGGGCAGACCCAAAAUCAAGCAAAAUCAAAUAUUAAUAGAAAUUAAUAAUGGAAAAAAUUGAUAUAAAGUUAUAAUUCCCGAGAUGGAAUUAUAUAUAUAUAUAUAUAUAUAUAUAUAUAUAUAUAUAUAUUGCUUGAAUUGCAAUCUGGACUUUAUCGAUGUUAUUUAUCUUGAUGAUUUCUAUUUCACAUCUUUUUAUGGUAAUUUUAGCACUAGUUUUUAUAUAGAUGUAUAUUUGACGUAAAAAAGAACAUAUUUUCAAAUGCAAACUAUCAAAACAUUCAUACAAAUAAAAAGGUUCCACCAA